AUGGCGGGGUGGCUGGGCCGAGUGUCCUGGGGCGACGCCUGGUACAACGCGUGCGCCCGCCUGCUGCGCACCAAGCCCGUCGGCGCCAUGAGUCAGGACUCCGAUGACAUCAUCGAGGUCACCGAGGGGUCCGGGGCCGGGCUCGCCAAGGUGCUGACCACCGUGGACCUGGUGUCGCUCGGCGUGGGCAGCUGCGUCGGCACGGGGAUGUACGUGGUGGCCGGGCUGGUCGCCAAGUCGAUGGCGGGUCCCGGGGUCAUCCUGUCCUUCAUCAUCGCGGCGGUGGCUUCAAUCCUGUCAGGUGUGUGCUACGCGGAGUUCGGCGUGCGGGUUCCCAAGACGACGGGCUCGGCCUACACCUACAGCUACGUGACGGUCGGGGAGUGCGUGGCGUUCUUCAUCGGCUGGAACCUGAUCCUGGAGUACCUGAUCGGCACGGCGGCGGGGGCGUCGGCCCUCAGCAGCAUGUUUGACUCGCUGGCCAAUCACAGCAUCAGCAACUACAUGAUAACACACCUGGGCACGCUCCGAGGACUCGGUAAGGGUGAGGACACGUACCCCGACCUGCUCGCCCUGUUCAUCGCCCUGCUGGUCACAGUCAUCAUCGCCCUGGGCGUGCGUAACUCGGUGGGCUUCAACAACAUCCUCAACGUGGUCAACCUGGUGGUCUGGGUCUUCAUGGUCAUCGCCGGACUCUUCUUCAUCUCUGCCAGCAACUGGGAGGGCGGCAGGUUCCUGCCCUACGGCUGGUCAGGGGUGAUGCAGGGUGCAGCCACCUGUUUCUACGCCUUCAUCGGCUUCGACAUCAUCGCAACAACAGGAGAGGAGGCCAAGAACCCCAACACCUCCAUCCCCUACGCCAUCACUGCCUCGCUGGUCACCUGCCUCACCGCCUAUGUGUCUGUGAGUGUGAUCCUGACUCUCAUGGUUCCCUACGACCUGAUCGACGGCUCGGCUCCGCUCAUGGAGAUGUUCGCCGUGCACGGCUUCCUGUGGGGGAAGUACACGGUGGCGGUGGGCUCCAUCGCGGGACUCACCGUGUCCCUGCUGGGCUCCCUGUUCCCCAUGCCCAGGGUCAUCUACGCCAUGGCCCGGGACGGACUGCUGUUCAGGUUCCUGUCGUAUGUGUCUGGGUUCACACACACUCCCGUGGCGGCGUGCGCGGUCUCUGGAGGCUUGGCGGCCCUCCUGGCUCUGCUGGUCAGUCUGAGGGAUCUGAUUGAGAUGAUGUCCAUCGGCACCCUGCUGGCCUACACCCUGGUCAGCGUGUGUGUGCUCCUGCUGCGCUACCAGCCCGACGAGCAGACCGACGUGCACCAGUACCGCUCCGGGGACGGCCUGCAGCACCAGGACGACGGCGCCGGCCCCACCAAAGACGACCAGGUGCUCAUUGAGUCGUCCGAUCCCGACAGGUCGUCCUCUUAUCACUCCGGCGGGACCGAGGGAGAAAGUGACGACUCUGAUUUCCACACAGGCUCCGCCUCCCUUCUGAAAAGGCUUCUGGGGGGCCAUUACUAUACCCUGCGCAUGCGGCUGGGAAUCCCUGACGCGUCGGCGCGGCCCACCCCCGCCACCGGCCGCAUAGUGACCAGAUGCACGCUCCUCCUCUUCCUCCUGUCCUUCCUCCUCUGGGCCACCGUCAUAUUCGGCGUGGAGCAGGGAUCGGGGGCCGGGGCGGUGUUUUCAGGCCUCAUGGCCACGCUGAUGGCCGGGUCCAUGGCAAAGCUGGUGAUUGUGAUUGUGCGACAGCCGGAAAGUGGGCGGAGCCUUCCAUACAUGGCGCCCUGUGUGCCCUUUGUCCCUGCGGCGGCCAUAUUGGUCAACAGCUACCUCAUGCUCAAACUGUCUCCUCUCACCUGGGUCAGGUUCACCAUCUGGUGUUUAAUUGGUCUGCUGAUCUACGGCGGCUACGGAGUGUGGCACAGCACGCUGGAGCUGAACGCCCGGGAGCAGCAGGCGCACGCCAGCUCCUACCAGCGCUACGACGACCACCUGGACGACAGCUUCGCCGCCGACGACGACCAGGAGGAGAAGCCGUACCAGGGCUGGUCCGCCCCAGAGGAGCGGGGCCACCACUACCAGCAGAGGAACCAGUACGAGGACCAAGACGGAGAGCAAAACCAAAGCCAGUAUCAGGCCCAGUACGAGGACGGUGACCACGGUAACCAGUACGGCUACCAGUCCGGACCGGCAGGCCAGUACCCAACCAGAGGCAACCGGUCCGGGGGACACGCCAAUCACGGCUUUGACGCAGAUGAAGAGGACUGAAUGCAUUGUUUAAAAAAGCAGGACAUUUCUUGUUUUGCUGCUUGGAUGCACAGAGAGAGAGUUUGACUUGCCUCAAAAUAAAAAUACACA